AUGCUCAGGAGAUGGUCAGGAUAUCAUGCGGCGAUGGCUGCGGAGAAGAAUGAUUUUGUAGAAUCUACAAGAUCUGAAGUUCCCCCUGCAAUACAGCCGAUAAAUAGCCCUUUAACGCUGGUUCAGCGAGGAACUUAUUCCCCAUCUAACCGCGGACUCGACGACAUGGAAGAUAUAACGCCUCCUCUGGCUCCGGGGUUUGAAGACCUCAAUGCCCCCCUCGCACAAAAGGCGGAUAUAUCUCUCCAUCGGAGUGCAAUAGAAAUACUGCAGAUGUGGUACGAAUCUUCACGUACGUCACUGAUAGUUUUAUUCUUGUUUUCCUCCCGUUCAUACUACAAGUUCACGUGGGAUAACGUGUUGCAGCUGCGUUCGACGAUAAAUCUUUUCUCUAAAGAUCAUAACUUUAUGACGCUACAUGAGAACAUUGUACGAACUGUGAACAAUGGCCCAGAACACAUCAACGAGCACGCCACAUACCUUAGAGAAGCAUGCCAUCAAUUGCAGGCCGUGGACAAAGGCAGGCAGAAUCAAGUACCAUGGAAUAUAGUACAGCAAUACAUCGCAUCCACCAUCGCGCUCGCGGGCAAGGUGCUCCGGCAGCCCCCAAUGAGCGACAUCCUCCACCACGUCCAGGAUGCUGUUAAGUGCACGCAGAACAUCCAGAGAGACGUAUCAAUCAUCAAAAACUCCUGGUGGCCGAACAGCUGCAACAUGGGCGCAGCCCAAAGCGCGCGUACCACUAAGACACAGUCAACAGUCACGGCAUAUAAGGACCGAGCAGUAACAGUCAGACUCAAGGAUCAUGGAAUCGCCCAGCGUUUUCGGACGCUUCCCGCAAUCAAGAUUAAACAGCAAGUCGAGACCUCGAUCAAGAACCACGCGGUUACCAAAUCAGUGGAGGUGGUCGCCGCCCAUCAACUCAAAAGCGGCGAUAUACAGAUCUUCACCUCUUCUACGGCAGAGGCCGUUAAGCUCAAACAGAACAGAGAAUGGGUAAGUGGACUUGGGGAACAUGCGGAACUCAUCGUGCCUACCUACGGAGUCAUCACCCACGGCAUUUCUACAAGCACUAUCAACAUCAAGGACCAGAAAGCGACCAUCCAGCAAAUACUCGCAGACAACUACACAGUCAUCCCCAAGGCAGAGAUCUCAUAUGUGGGAUGGCUAACCCGAGAAUCCCCUCUCAAACGCGCAUCCUCAAUCGUGGUGGAGUUCACGGAUCCAGAAAUGGCCAACGCCAUCAUCUACGCAGGGAUGGCGUGGGACGGACAGAUACAUACAUGUCAACUCUAUGAUCGCGCCUGCAGAGUCAAGCAAUGCUGCCGCUGCCACAAUUACGGUCACAUCGGCACUCAAUGCGAUGCAGCCCAAACAUGUGGCUGUUGCGCCGAGCUACACGAGACCAGGAACUGCACGCAGAAGGGAGUGGAGGGCUUCACUCCCAGUUGCCCAGUCUGCAAAGGUGCCCACACAGCAUGGAGCAACGCCUGCCCAGCAAGGAGGAAAGAAUUGGGAAGAGUUGAGCAAGCAAAGCAGGUUCGAAACACCUACUGGCAGGUGGCCCCCAAAGACGAACCCCCUGAGAACAGCAACCCGCGGAAGAGACCACGCCACGCACGUAGUCCCACCCCCAACGAAAUCAUCACAAUAGUGAGCCCUAGAGAAGAACCCUCGGACCAUACAGUCCCCACCCGAGAGCCUCCACAGGCACAAGAAGACCGAGCAGCACCAGCACCACAACAGGAACCACAGCAACCGGCGAUCGACCCACAGUUACUGGCGACGGGACAACCCCAGGAGACCGGCCCGGCGGCAGGUGACACCCCAAACAUGGAGACACGUGUUUGA